AUGUCAUCCGAAAAUAUUGUCCAAAUUAAUUGUUUAGAGUCAGCCCUAGCCCCCCCUUGCCAUGACAAGAGUUUCGCUGCUGGAAGUGCCCUUAGGAGGGAAAUUCUUUCUUCACUAAAACAAGUUUUUGGUCUUUCACUUGCUGAUUGGUGGUGCCCGAGACCAAGCAUUGAUGCGCUCAUUUGGCCAACUGGUUUGUACCAUAUCUCUACACAGUUACGUGAUCUAUCGAUCAAGAGUGAAGUUGACAGCAUUAGUCCCUCCCAGUCUAUCCAUGAUGGAACGACCUUGGUUUCAAAAGGUGGAAGCUUUGAGCUUGGUUUCUUCAGUCCAGGAAUGAAGAUUGGAUGGGACUUGAGGACAGGUAUAAAACGGAGUUUAUCAGCUUGGAAAAAUUCUGAAGACCCGUGUCCAGGAGAUUUCACUUAUGGGAUUGAAAUGGAACGUGAUACUUAUCCUGAGGCAUAUGUUCGAAAAGGCACUGCAAAAUACUAUCGUACUGGCCCAUGGAAUGGCCUGAGAUUCAGUGGUUCACCAGAAUUAAGGCCUAAUCCACUUUAUAGUUUCGACUUUGUCAAUAAUGAUGAUGAAGUGUACUACAUGUACAACCUUCAAAAUAAAUCUGUAAUCUCAAGAAUAGUUUUGAACCAAACCACAAGUACUCGUGAUCGCUUUACAUGGAUUGAAGCAGAUCAAACUUGGAGGGCCUAUUCAUCAGUACCAAGAGACUUGUGUGAUAAUUAUGGUCUCUGCGGAGCCAAUGGAAAGUGUAUCAUUGAUGAGAAUCCAGUCUGCCAAUGUCUAAAAGGAUUCAAGCCUGUGUCUCAAGAAAAAUGGAAUUCGAUGGACUGGUCUCUAGGAUGUGUGCGCAAUAAACCAUUAAGCUGCCAGGAAAGACAUAAAGAUGGAUUUGUCAAAUUUGUUGCCUUGAAACUGCCAGAUACUACACAUUCUUGGGUGAACAAAAGUAUGAAUCUCAAGGAAUGCAGAACAAAAUGCUUGAACAACUGUUCCUGUAUGGCUUAUACAAGCUCGGAUAUCAGAGGAGGAGGUACUGGCUGCGCCAUCUGGUUUGGUGAUCUAAAAGAUAUCAGGCAGUUUCCAGCUGCUGGGCAGGUUCAGUAUAUUCGAAUGUCGGCUUCAGAAUUAGAAAGUGGUGGUAAAGUGAAGACAGCAAUGAUAAUUGCAGUUUCCGUAGCAGUAGUGUUUUCUGUAGUGCUGUUAGUUGGAUAUUACCUUCACCGAAACAGGAGAAAAUUAAAAGAGAUAGGUGAAACAAAUAUGAACAAUGGAGGGGAACCAGAGGAGGAUCUGGAGCUCCCGCUCUUUGACCUGCCCACAGUAGCUAGUGCCACAGAUAACUUUUCAAGCGAUAACAAGCUCGGAGAAGGUGGAUUUGGACCCGUUUACAGGGGGACACUACCAGAUGGACAAGAAAUUGCUGUGAAGAGGCUUUCAAGAAGUUCUGGCCAAGGAUUGAAUGAGUUCAAGAAUGAAGUUAUACUGAUUGCAAAGCUUCAGCAUCGAAAUCUUGUAAAGCUUCUUGGAUGCUGCGCUCAAGGAGAGGAGAAAAUGCUGAUUUAUGAAUACAUGCCCAACAGAAGCCUGGACUCCUUUAUUUUUGAUAGUGUGAGAGGAGAGCUACUGUUAGAUUGGCCAAAACGUUUCCACAUUAUUUGCGGAAUUGCUCGGGGUCUUCUCUAUCUCCAUCAGGAUUCCAGGCUAAGGAUUAUUCAUCGAGAUCUCAAAGCAAGUAAUGUUUUACUUGAUAAUGAAAUGAAUCCAAAAAUUUCAGACUUUGGCUUGGCUAGAACUUUAAUAGGAGGAGAUGAGUCUGGUGGAAAUACAAACAGAGUAGUUGGAACAUACGGUUAUAUGGCACCUGAAUAUGCUAUUGAUGGGCUGUUUUCUGUCAAAUCGGAUGUAUUUAGCUUUGGUAUUUUGGUGCUGGAGGUCAUAAGUGGAAGGAAAAAUAAGGGAUUCUACCAUCCAAACCACAGUCAUAACCUUAUUGGUCAUGCAUGGAGAUUGUGGAUUCAAGGAAGGCCUUUAGAACUGAUUGAUACGUGUUUAGAAAGCUCAUGUACUCUAUCGGACGUGUUACGUUGCAUCCAUGUUAGUCUCUUAUGCGUGCAACAUCAUCCCGAGGAUAGACCAAGCAUGGCAUCUGUAGUUAUCAUGCUGGGAAGUGAGAUUGCAUUGGCUCAGCCCAAACAACCUGGUUUCUUUAUAGAGAAGGAAUCGCAUGAAGCAGGCUCUUCUUCAGAGGAUAGAGGAAAAGGAGGGAGAAUGAAAAUGAGAAUGAAAGCCUAA